AUGGCCCCCGUCACUACUUUCCUCCUCGCCGGUCUUGCGACCUUGGCCGCUGCCCAGAACAACGCUCCUCCGGUCGCUAAGGGCGCCGUCAUUGGCCGUCUCCGUCUCCCCGUCACUUGCCAACUUCUCGGCGGCAGCCAGACCUUCGAUGCGGUUAUCUCUGGUGAGGCUCCGGCCUACGCCAAGGCUGGCGCUCAGUUCUACAUCACUGAUGCCACCGGUCUCAUCACCAUCCCUCCGAACGUCGUCCAGAUUGCCCGCAACCGAGGAGCUGUUUCGGCCCAGGCCUCCACCAACAUCAAAAUCAAUGCCACCGGUGCCACCCCUGCGUCCGUCACGGCGUUCUCGGGAACCGUGCCCGUCACCUUCCCCGCCAGCGGUAGCACCACCCUCCGCUUCCCCAGCGGCAAUGGCACUCUUGCCGACAUUGGUCCUUUCACCAUGGGCACAGGCGCCGUUGCCCGCACCUCGCUCGGCAACGUCAACAUCAACUUGGCCCUGAAGGAUGCCAGCGGUGCCGCUGUCUCCACCAACAUCGUCGUCACCUGCGGUGUCCAGAACGUCAAGACCAACCUCAUCGUUGUCAACCUUGACGCCGUCAACAUCAACAACGCCACUUCCUACAACCCCCGCCCCAAGAACGGAUACAUCCCCAACUUCCCUACCAUCCCCUCAAGCACUGAGUUCGGCUACUUCCGAUUCCCCUACAACUGCACUCUCGGAGCGCUUGGUCAACAGCAGCUUGAUUUGACUCUCGGUGGCCGCAUCCCCACCUAUGUCCGCAACGGCGCCAGCUUCUCCCUCACUCAGGGUGGCUCUUUCCUCCGCAUCCCCGCCAACCUGAUUGCGCUCUCCAAGCUUGGUUUCCCCAGCGUCGCCACCUUCAACACCAACGCCACCAGCGUUCAAGUCCGCGUGACCAACGCCUCGCCGGCCAUCGUCGACGUUGUCAAGAACCCCCCGCUCGUUUCCGUUGUCGAUGUCCGCAACGUUGACACCACCAAGGAUUUGGUCAUCCCGAUCCCUGCCACCGGCACCAUCUCCGUUGGACCUGUCACCGCUGGUGUCGCCGGUACUCCGAUCUACCUCAGUGUCGGCAACGCCACCGCCCACACCCAGCUCCGCAACGCCACCGGCGCCGUCCUCUUCGAGUUCGACGUCCAGUGUGUCCCCGUUGCCGACCUCCGCCUCGCUGCCAUCACCGUGUCCACCGUUGCCCCCACCAACGCCACCCUCCCCGCCGGCACCGCUUAG